AUGUUCACAAAAAUAGUUGCCAUAUUAGCCUUGACCGGUUUGGCUUUAUCCAUUCCUUUGGACAGUAACGAUGUUAUCAAGCCAACUGAAUAUAAUGUCACAAUGAAUGCAAUUGCACCAUUACCAAGGUGGUUGACAGAGUUUACUGGCCUAACCGCCUGGCCAGGGCCAGACCCUCCUUAUAUUCCAUUAAACUUUAUUGAUUUCAGCAAAGUGCCAAAUUAUCCAAGACGGAAAUGGACAAAUGCCCACCAACGAGAGAUAGCUGCUCGUUUGAUUGCUACAAGUGUGUCAACAUUUGAUGAUGGUCCAUCAGCAUUUACCCCAAAUUUGUUGAAUAACUUGAAUCACAAGGUCACAUUCUUCACCUUGGGAAUGAAUGUCGUGAGAUACCCGGAAGUUUACAGAAGGGCAGCCAGAGAAGGUCAUUUGAUGGCAUCUCACACGUGGUCUCAUCCGUUUCUACCUUCACUAACAAAUGAGAAGAUUGUAGCCCAGUUUGAAUGGUCAAUUUGGGCAAUGAAUGCUACUGGACACCAUCUUCCUAAAUGGUACAGACCUCCAUAUGGAGCUAUUGAUGACAGAGUGAGAGCCAUUGCCAGAAUGUUUGGUAUGCAGGCCGUCGUCUGGGAUCAUGAUCUCUUUGAUUGGGGUAUGGAGACAAAGCCUCCAAUCAGGACAAGGCAAAAGGUCAUUUCUGAUGCCCAUAAAUUCAAAGCAGAAAAUAAAGGUGGACUUGUUCUUGAGCACGAUGCAUAUGAGUCUACUGUCAAUGCAGCAAUUGAAGUUAGCAGCAUCUUUGGUCCGGAUCAAUUGACAGUUGCUCAAUGUGUUGAUGGCAUUAACUAUAUUAAAGAGUACUGA